AUGCCGUUUAAGAGGCAUGUGAUCCAUCAGCAAGAUCUGCAGUUUUCGAAUUUUAGUGCUAAAAAAUUCAUGGGUUUCGCCCCUGUCGUUGAGAACGAUCGUUACCAAAAAACCUGUUCCUCAUCUGAAAAAUUACUUGGUGAAAUUCACAGAUAA